AUCAAAACCGCGGCAUUACAAUCCUCAGCUAAUACAAGUAAAAAAACAUCUUCUACAAAAUAUAAUAUGACCACCAUCAAUGGACUAGGUCUAGAAAUAACGGAGCUUCGGCUAGGAUUACCCGGUGGGAACCUAGAGAAAAGUGAGAAGAAGAGGGUAUUUUCGGAACUACGAAACAAUAGAGAAUCGAGUGGAAGUACUGCUAGUGUCGAGAUCAACAUGAUGGCCGACAAGGGGAAGAAGGAGGCGACGACGGUUGGAUGGCCACCGGUUUGUUCUUAUAGGAAAAGGAAGUUGGUUAGUUUUAUAGGGCAUGUCAAAGUUAGUAUGGAUGGUGCUCCAUUUCUUAGGAAGAUUGAUCUUUCUUGUUAUAAAGAGUACACUCAACUUGGCUUGGCCCUUGGUAAUCUAUUUGGUUGCAUUGCCAUAGCGGAAGCUUUGAAGGAUGGGAAUAAUUCUGAGUUCAUUCCAAUCUAUGAAGAUAAGGACGGGGAUUGGAUGCUUGUUGGAGAUGUGCCAUGGCAGAUGUUUGCAGAAUCUUGCAAGAGACUAAGGAUCAUGAAGAGGUCUGAUGCUAUGGUUGUGGGAUUGCAAGCUAGAGACUUUCUCAAGCAGAUCACAAAGGACCUUAAUCCCAUAGUUCAACAUUAUAUAUAAAUA